GAUGAUCUAAAGUCAAAACUUAGCGAAUUUUUUUUUUUAUGGGCAAGCAGUGUCAAAAGUUUAAGGACCGGCCAGGUCAUUCUUGUAAAUCACUUAAAAGUCCAAAUAUAAGGAGAAUCUUGUUAACUAGCAUAUCCUCAAAGUCAAAGGUUUCCUAGAUUAUCAAUUUCCAAAGUUCCAUAAAAGACAAAUCACGUCGUCACUUGUGUUCCUUAUUUGAAGAGGAAGAAUCAUAUGAACAGAGUCAAAUGAAAUCAAGAUUAUAGAGCAGGACAAGUCGAUAAGCAUGGAAUCUCAACCAACAUCACCAGGAUUUGGAGCGUCACUGCAACUGAAAGACUGCAUAGAAGAGUUGCUGAGGUUCACACUUGCUUCUUCCAUAGACAGCACUCUUGAAAUUGACUUGGAUCUCUACAAAGACUACUGCUCCACCCUAUUACAAGACAAUUCUUCCAACCUACUUCCCAAUUCCACUAGUGGUCUUUCCGUAGGAGUUCCGUUAUAUCCUUUAUACAAGCACCUUGCAGCAUCCUUAUAUGAGGCCAUUUCUUCUGAAGCCUUGCCAAGGACAGAAAACAAACUUGCAGAAAUGCAAGAAAGUAGUUCUUUGAAGCAAAAGGAAGAAGACUGGGCUAGUUUAAUAAAGGAAAAAGGUUCUCAUUUGCUCAAUAUGGAAAGAAAACAAUUGAAGGAAGGUGUGCUGUUGGACAUUAUAAUAAGUAUGACUUGCAUGCAUUUUGCUUACUCUAUUGACUGCUUCUGCCCUCUCCUCGUUAAACUUGUUGUGCUUAAUGCUGAUUCUCAAAGUCUCCAAUCAAUGAUUUCUUUUUUGGAUGUUAGAAUUGAACCGGGUGCUUUCAUCCUCGUCAACAAAUGUUUAGUUCUUCAAGUUCAGGAUGUCCAUCAUUACCAUUCAUUUCGCGAGAUGUUAGAAGCAGAGAGUCUUCAAGAAGUUCUUCCUGGAGUUGAUACCGCUGAAGAAGGUGUCCAAGUUUACCGGAAAUUUUACUCAGAAGAGAAAGAAAGGUCAAAUGGUGUUCUUGCUAUCGGUGUUAAGAAGCUGGUUUCUCAGCCUUCCAUUUAUCUGGGCUCCAUGCUUUCUGAACUCAGCUAUGCAGGUGUUCAGAGGCUUUUAGGAUUUGUAUGCACAGUUGGAACAGUUUCUGAGGCACUUCCACCACCAGCAUCUACUCUAAUGUCAUCAUUUCUGUUGCCACAUAAUCCAAAUGCUAAAGGUUGUACCUUGACUGAUGGAGCGAGGGCAUUGUCAAAGCAUGUGAACAGGAGCAGCGACAGCUACUGGGGUAGUUUUUCUGGAAGUGAUUCCGACAAAAAUAGGGUUGCCCUUGAUGUCAUCAGCGACUUGAUAACUUGUUGCUGCUGGAUGAAUGUGCAUGUUGUUCCACCACAUGGGGUUGUUUUUGAGAUAAGGGUUGCUAAUGGUUAUGGUGCACGGUGGUCCAAAGAUGGAAGUAAGUUUAUUGGUUUUCUUGAGCCCUAUAUGGAGGAUGGCCAUUCAAAGGGAUGGAGGCACUGAAUAGCAGAAGACACAGUUUAAUCUUUGGAUUAUGUUUCUUUUUCUUGUUUAACAGGGAACUUUGCUAACUGUAGGAAUCAUUCCCUUCUGUUAUCAUUUUUCGUAGACUAUGCAUUUGACUAAUGGUUAAUCACGAUGGAUUACUACCUUAAUAAAAAGCAUUUAACUCUCCACAAAA